AGAACGAAACAGUAAACCAUUUUGUCUCAUCUGUCAAUCCCAACUAUCACAAUUUAAGGUUAGUAACUUAAAACGCCAUUAUGAAACAAAUCACAGUUCGUUUAGUAACGAAUUUCCUACUGGUUCUGAUUUAAGAAAAAAUAAAUUAAGCACAAUGAAAUCAAAAUUAAAUAAGCAAACCAAUGUUAUGGCGGUAUUUUCCAAAGAAACCAAUAUAACUGCUGAAGCGAGUUUUUGUAUGGCGUUUAAUAUUGCUCGAGCAAAGCGCCCGUACACAGAUGGGGUAUAUUUAACAAAAAACAUAGAUGUUAUUUCCAUUUUAAAACCGGAAGAUAAAAAAUUAAUAAAUAUGGUUGAAAAUAUUUCGAAUAGUAGACAUACUAUGGAAAGACGUAUUUUAAUGAUAAGUUCAGAUAUUUUCUCUAAUUUACAAAAUGAAAUUGCUAAUUGUUCUGCAUUAAGUUUAGCGUUAGAUGAAUCUACUGACAUUCAGGAUAAACCACAGUUAGCUAUUUUUAUACGUUAUGUGACGAUGAAUAUGGAAGUGAAAGAAGAAUUAUUAGAUUUUAUAGCUCUUAAAGAAACUACUAGAGGUUGUGAUAUUAAGUAUGCUCUUGACGUAGUUCUUCGUAAAGCAGAAGUACCUAUUGCAAAAAUUGUUAGCGUCACUGAUGGUGCACCCAGUAUGCCAGGUUGUAAAAAUGGAUUGAUAGGUAUUUUAAAAAGUGAUACUGAUUUUCCAGACUUUAUUCCAAUUCACUGCAUUAUUCAUAGAGAACACCUAAUGGCUAAAUAUUUUAAAUAUGAACAUGUGAUGAGUGUUGUUCUUAAAAUUGUAAACUACAUACGUUCAGGUUCAAAGAUACAUCGCCAAUUUAAAAACUUUAUUGAAAGUUUAGAGGAUGAUAUUCCAAAUGAUGUUCCGUGGUAUUGUUUAGUUCGAUGGUUAUCGGUAAAUAACGUUUUAAUAAAAAUUUUCGAUUUAUUAGAACCUAUUAAAACAUUUUUAAAAGAAAAAGAUAAAAACUUCCCACAACUUUCAGACCCACAAUGGUUAAGAGAUAUGUCUUUUUGUACUGACGUUGUGCAUCACUUAGCCACAUUAAAUAUUUCUCUUCAAGGUAAAAAUAAAUUCAUAAAUAACCUAGUACAAGACAAUUUUAGUUUCCAAAAUAAGCUUAAACUUUUUCAAAGAGACUUAAGAAUAAAUAAUUUAAACCAUUUUCCGUACUUAAAAAAAAUUGAGGAUUAUUUGGUUGGAAUAGCAACAAAAUUGAAAUAUAUUAAAUAUAGUGUCGGCUAUAAACCAUACACAUGA